CGGCGCGUCAUUGUCGUCAUCGUUGCCCGACCGCUUUCCGGGAGACUGGAGUAGAAGGCCGUGAGUCAGCCAUAAUGGCAGGUGAAGAAAUUAAUGAAGACUAUCCAGUAGAAAUUCACGAGUAUUUGUCAGCGUUUGAGAAUUCCAUUGGUGCUGUGGAUGAGAUGCUGAAGACCAUGAUGUCUGUUUCUAGAAAUGAGUUGUUGCAGAAGUUGGAUCCACUUGAACAAGCAAAAGUGGAUUUGGUUUCUGCAUACACAUUAAAUUCAAUGUUUUGGGUUUAUUUGGCAACCCAAGGAGUUAAUCCUAAGGAACAUCCAGUAAAACAGGAAUUGAUGGAGUCUUGCUCUGUCGCCCAGGCUGGAGUGCAGUGUCGUGAUCUUGGCUCACUGCAAGCUCCACCUCCCGGGUUCACACCAUUCUCCUGCCUCAGCCUCCCGAGUAGCUGGAAUUACAGGCGCCUGCCACCACGCCCGGCUAAUUUUUUGUAUUUUUAGUAGAGACGGGGUUUCACCAUGUUAGCCAGGAUGGUCUCGAUCUCCUGACCUCGUGAUCUGCCCGCCUCGGCCUCCCGAAGUGCUGGGAUUACAGAACCUGUUCCCCUUUUCUGACCUUGUGUAGAUGUUACUAAUUGAUCACAGACUUAGUGUAUGAUAGGAAACUUAUUUGCCAUAUGUAUCACAAAUGGGAAAAGUCAGUUUACUCAUUCAACAAAUAUUUGAGUGCUUACUGGGAGCUAGGCAUUAUUUCCAAGUGAGAGAUGAUUCCUCUGUGAGUAAUGCUGAUCCCUGCCCUUGUGGCAGACACCAGACUGUAUCUAAUGGAGGAGACAAAUAAUAAAGUAAACAAAUAAGAAAUAUAUAUGAAUAUGUAGUAUGUUGGAAAGUUAUGGGAACAAAGAAAAAGAGUAGGGUAAGGGGGACUGGAGUGCUUGGAUAGGACUGCAGUUUAAAAUGCUGAAGUCAGGGCCUCAAUGACAAGGUUAACAUUUGAGUAGAAUGGAAGGAAGAGAGGAAGUGGCCGUAUGGGUAAUUGAGGAAAUAUCCUUCUAGGCAGAGGAAUAAGCAGGGCAAAGACCCCAAGGCAGGUUGGUGUGUGUGUGCUGCAGCUAGUAUCCACCAUCAUAAGCACUGUGCUUUUUUAUUCAGACAGAAAUGGGGCGUCACUAGAGAGUGUGGAGCAGAGUUGCCAGUCUUUCACAAUGAAAACAUUUUAAGAUUUUGCAUUAACUAUGUUGAUUAUUUUAAUAAAGCUUGUUUUUAAGCAGUGAUCAGUCUUUUACUCUGCUGUUUUAUGGCUGUCAUCAACUUUAUUUCUCCAUUUGAAGCGUAAGAUAGCCAUUUAUGCUGAUUAAUUGUCUCAGAAGAUUCACAGUGGUACAGCAACAUAUUAUGUUUCUCACCUUGUAAAGUCUGAUUAGAACUGUAUAUUUUAUUAGAAAAUUUCAUGUACUUACCAAAAUUAUAAAAUUGAAUAAUUUGUAUUUUCAUUCUCCCUAAUUGUUACACUAGAUGGUAAUGUGAAAAGAUAGUUAAGUACUACCUCAUGUAUUUCCUGUUUAGAAAAAUUUCAGGAGAAUUUAGUUUGUAUUUUGCAAGUAUAUGAAAGCUCCGGUUUUUUACUUUAGAUACAAAACAGUUAAUAUGUAGAUUUAUGUUAAUGGUGUUUUUCAAAAAUGUAUAACCACCUAGAAACUUUCAAUUCAAUGUUUAUUUCUGGAGUAAUGUCUUAGUGUGAUUCUAACUCUUUGGAAACAGAAGACUUCUGAAAUGACUUUUUAACAUCUGUCUUUCCCCACCCUCCGACUAUGAACUCCAGGCAAGCAGGGAGCAUAUUUAUCCUGUUCAUUUGCAUUUCCUAGCACCAUGCACUUUAAUAGGCAAUAAAUACGUAUAUGUUGAAUUUAACCAAGGUGUACAGUAUAAUAAAAUUCAGUGGUGGCGAAUAGCUUAGUAAAUCUAUUGCCUUUGUUUUUUAUCUUUAAGGAAAGAAUCAGAGUAUAUAUGAACAGAGUCAAGGAAAUAACAGACAAGAAAAAGGCUGGCAAGCUGGACAGAGGUGCAGCUUCAAGAUUUGUAAAAAAUGCCCUCUGGGAACCAAAACCAAAAAAUGCAUCAAAAGUUGCCAAUAAAGGAAAAAGUAAAAGUUAACUUUUUGGUUUUGAUGUACACAUAUUCAAAAAGUACAUCUCCCCCCCCCCCCCCCCCCCCCCCCCCCGCAAAAUAAUUCUGUGGCAGGGCAAGGUUUAAAUGUGUUUCUUAUUAAUAUGUAAAUUCACAGUAAAUAUGUAAAGCUAAAUACUUUCCUCUCCAAAGAUCAUUAUCUUUAUUGAUUUGCACUGAGGAUUUUAACAUUGUGAUAUAUUAUAUAUUUAUAAUUUACCAUCUCUUGAUGAGACUCUUAUUUCUUUAUAUAGGUCAGUCUUGCAAGUACCAUUUUAUAAGCAGCUGUGAAAUUUAAGUGAAAUGUUCUUUGUAAACAUUUGUACUAUUUUAAAUGAAUAAUGACCUUAUGAAGUAUGCUAUCUGUAGGCUGAAAUUAUAGGUACAUCUGUUUUCAUUAUAUGAUAUUAAGAAAGCGUGAAAUGACUUAAAUGUUCAUUUUUUUCUGUAUAGAUACUUUAUCAUGUUUUCAUGAUUUUAGGAAUUACUGCUUUGUUGAUAUUCAAAGUGUGAAACUAAAACUUUAUGGUUGUACUUUAAUUCUUGGCAUGUUGCCUCUAUGUCCCAUUUAAAAUAAAAUACAUUCUCAUUAACUUUAGAUGGGAAAUAAGGUUGUAUAUUGAUGGAUGAAUUUUGGCAUGAUGACUGUACUCUCAAUAAAGGCUGAAAAUGUUGUAUAACUGA